AUGAAGUUCACAAUGAUCGUUAUUGGACUCCUUGGACUCUUCAUAGUUCCUGGUUUUGCUGAUUAUAAUAUCAACAUCAGUGAUGAUAACAACGUGGCAGGAAGCGGGCAACAGUCAGUGAGCGUCAACAAUGAACAUAACGUGGCCAAUGUUGACAAUAAUAAUGGCUGGGACUCCUGGAACGCCCUCUGGGAUUACGAAAAUAGCUUUGCUGCAACCAGACUCUUUGCCAAGAAGACCUGCAUUGUGCAUAAGAUGAACAAGGAUGUCAUGCCCUCCAUUCAAGCCCUUGAUGCACUGGUCAAGGAGAAGAAGCUUCAAGGUAAAGAGCCCAGAGGACCAUCUCCCAAGGACCUGAUGUAUUCCAUCAAUCCUAACAAAAUGGAGGAUUUGAGCAGAUUUGGGACAAAGAUUGCUGGCAUGUGCCAGGGGCUCCCAACCUAUUUUGCUGAGGAGGUUCCAGGGUCAAACUUGCCUUUUUACUCAAAAAAGUGCUAUACUGCUAAUAUACUCUGGAUUCUGAAUAUGUCCUUCUGUGGAUCAACAGUGGAACAAUUUUAG